ACCGCGAUUUAUUCCGCUUAAUUAACUUUGCGCGUUCGGCGCAUGCAAUCCUGAAGCCUUGCGUGCCUUAUGCUAAAUAACAUCUCGAGAUUGCUUUGCAGUAUUCUCAACUGUGUAGUCUGUGUUAAUCUAAAGAACAGUUUCAUUAUUGGUUUGUUUGUUGGGAGAACUAAAGAAGCGAAGGUGAAUACGUCUAACCAAGUUAGUAAUCAAAUCUGUCAAGAAGGAAUUUAAACGAACCGCAAGGUACAACUAACCAGUGUCCAUUUACUAUCAGAGGAUGAGCUUCAAUAAUUUUCAACCAACUUGGUUUUCUUAUCAAGCUCAGAUCAGCGAAGACAUGAGCAGUAAAAGUCUUAUGGUCGGUCCAGAUUCCGCAACAAGUCCGUUUAUAGACCUUCAAGCUGUUGGAAGACAGACGAACUUGGGUCAAUGCUUAGGAAAUUACUCUAAUGAAAAAGGAGUAGUUUAUCCGCAGUGUGAGAUGGAAAAGUCGAACCAAGAACCAAUGAUAUGCUUAACGGAAUGUAGCACUCAUACAAAUGAUCCUAACCAGCUAAAGCAAGAUUCACCUCGAAAACGUUACAGAACGACAUUUUCUCCCUCGCAACUGAAACGUUUGGAAGGAGAAUUCAGCUGUAAUAUGUACGUUGUUGGUUUGAAACGACUGCGGUUGGCUCAAGAGUUGAAACUUGAAGAACGGCACAUCAAAAUCUGGUUCCAAAACAGAAGGAUGAAGUACAAACGAGAUCAGAGAUUGAACGAAAGAAAUGCAGGUUUGGCGUUUCAGAAUUAUUGCUUCUAUUGACCAAUUCUGGACACCAAGUUUGACAUUGCAAAAUUGGAACUAAGAUUUUGGAAAACUUAGUUGAACCUUGAUGCAAAUGAUUUUGACGACCCUUCAGUGGGAAAACGAUAUGGUCAAGAAUAUCGACAUUCAAGAAGACGUGUCUCACUGGUUCGAGACCAUCUCUGCAUCAGACUCGCAAUUUCUCGCGCAAUGGUAAAGGUCGAUCUUGUGUUGUGGCUGGUCCACACUCAAUUUAUUAUUAGACCUCAAAACUACGAUUCGUUUAAACCAUAUUCAUAUAUUUGUUUAUACUAUAUUUCAUUGAUCUAUACUAUACAUAUGUCAUACAAAAUUUUUGGAUU